UUCUAUAGCAUCUUUCGUAGAUCUAGAAAAAUAACGAAAAUUUUCACACAGACUUGGAACCUUAGAACCUCACAGAUUCGUGAAGCACAUGGUUCCAUUGAGAAAACAUUACGACCCCAACUCAUUGCCUCGCAAUUUUGAUGCGGAGCGGGAAUGGCCCGGAAAGAUUUCAGACAUUCGGGACCAAGGAUGGUGCGCAUCGUCAUGGGCCAUUUCUACAGCAGCCGUUGCAUCUGACAGGUUUGCUAUCGUUUCAAAAGGGGACGAAGCCGUUAGCCUUAGUCCCCAGUAUCUCAUUUCCUGCAACAACAGGGGACAGCGAAGCUGCGAAGGGGGACAUCUAGAUAAAGCGUGGCUGUUUUUCAGGAAAUUUGGUAUCGUUGAUGAAAACUGUUUUCCCUACACUGGUCAAGAAGAAACAUGUCGAUUUCCUAGGAAGUAUAAUUUGAUCCAGUCGGGAUGCGUCCCACCGUUCGGUGUGAACCGAAAAGAAAAGUACAAAGUAGCACCUGCUUACCGUUUGAGAAAUGAAACUGACAUUAUGAAUGAUAUAAUAAAAUCGGGACCUGUUCAAGCAACCAUGAAAGUAUACCACGACUUCUUUUUGUACAAAAGUGGAAUAUAUAGGCACACCGACUUAUCUUCCCAAGACAGAACUGGAUACCAUUCAGUUAAGAUAAUAGGAUGGGGAGAUGAGUAUACUGAAAAUGGCGUCGAAAAAUACUGGGUAAGAACUGACUAUUUCUAUCGUUCACUUUAUUGGAUCCAAUUUUAAAAAAAAAACACAUUU